AGGAGGGAGCCACAGGCUGAGCUGAUUCCACGUGUGACGCUUGCAUUCUCAGCUCAGUGAUAUUUUCUUUAGCGGGCUUCGGCGUAGCCUUGUGAGUCUUCGUUAGUUACUGGCUAUAGUUGGGUUAGCUAUGGAGGGAGACGGGAGCCAAGCCACAUCUGGAGGAACCCCUAAUGAUUCGCAACACGACCCGGGUAAAAUGUUUAUCGGUGGCCUCAGCUGGCAAACUUCGCCAGACAGCCUUAGAGACUAUUUUACUAAAUUCGGGGAAAUCAGAGAAUGUAUGGUGAUGAGAGAUCCAACGACAAAACGCUCCAGGGGCUUCGGAUUCGUUACUUACGUAGAUGCUGCCAGUGUAGAUAACGUCUUAGCUCAGCAACACCACGAAUUAGACUCAAAAACGCCACAUGCACUUGACGCCAAUAAGUAGCCCUCCCCUCCUUCAAAUUACAAGACCUUCUGCUAACCCUAUCUUUACCAUUGAGCAUUGAGUGCUAUGUUACAUAAAGUAAUUUGAGCACCAAUGGCACCUGCAAUGCUUUCUCUCCAGGAACAUCUGAGUGUUUUGAGAUGGGGGAACAUGUUUAUUGUUGAAUCUGCAUAUUAUAUAAAUUGAUUGUUAUUCUGUAUUUGUUUUUUGUGAAAAUACAUUCCCAGCUGUCUUCAUAUAUUUUAGUAGGCUUAACAUUGUUGUACAUAUGUGGCUUUGUUUUUCAUGCACCAUAUCUAUGCACCAUCAGGCGUUAUUGGCUUUUCUUUUUACAAAAUGCAGUUUAUAAAUAUAUGUUUUUUGUAUGUUUUUAUGAGUUAAACUUUCAUUUUUCAUCCUCCCAAGUCCCAAUAGACUGUGUCAUUGGCCUCAGUAUCCACCCAUUUACCCCUGUCUUCAUCUCAGAUGUCUGCAUAUUAUCCACACACCUUCUGUCUGCAUAUUAUCCACUUCCUCUCUCACUGCAAGUCUGCUAAAGUGCACACAUUCACACAACAUGACCCAUUUUAAAUCACAAACCCAAGACUAACUGUUAUCCCCAGUGAAUGCCAUAAAAACAUACCGCUAUUGUUUAAUUUAUUGUUACAGUAUAUUUAGUUUCUGAAUGUAUGGAUGGAUCAAAUGAGUUUGGUGGGAGGAUGUAUAGGAGGACGGGCUCAUUGUAAU